CGCGAACCAGUAACCUCAUCCAUCAGCUGUCAGACAGCUGCCUCUUAUCAUUUCCUCAAGUCCAGAAGUCCCUGCCUGCAAGUGCCUCAAUCCGCCAAACACACCAACUGUAGCCAGGCGUCAUGAGAGGCAUCAUCACACCAGCGCGAGGCCGACCUGGUAAGGUCACCAAGUCUGUCCAAAACCCCACAACCCGCCGUCCUGCUGGCCGUCGAACUGGCCAACCCGACAGCGUCCCCAACCAGGAUCCAGAUCUCGACGAAGUUGGACAACAGCUCCAGGAUGAAGUUGAUCAUGAUCAGAGCAACUUCGACCUGGCAGCCGCCGCUGCCCAGCACUCGGCGCAGAACCAGGAGAUCGACCUGAGUGCAGCCGCCAUUCUCGCCAAUAAUGCGAAUGCUAUGGUGAACCCCCACGAGCACCCCGAUCUUGAUCAGCAUCUGGCAGGCGAGCAUAUCGACGAUGGAGGUGAACCGGGCCCGCACACGACGGAGAGUCUGGCGCAUCAGUCCGGCUACAAUGACGUGGUGGUCGAGAGCGCAUUAGCGAAGCGAUUAGCAAGGGAGCCUGGCAUGCGUCUCGCGACACAGCGACGGCCGGAGCAGGUGCUGAACCUCGGACGACGGAGCAAUGUUGAGGCAUUGUUCGCGCACAUUGCUGGUGAGACGGCGGCGGUACCAUGCAAGAACUGCCACAAGGGCCACGGUCCGUGGAAUACUUGCGUCGUCGUCGAUGGACAAAUGUGUGGUAGCUGCGCCAAUUGCUGGUUCAAUGCUUCAGGCGCAAGAUGCUCGUUUCACGAAACUCGCAAUCCUGGAGCCCAUCCUGGUGGCGUCCUUGUUGGAGAUGGAAGCUUCAACAUGCCGUCCAUUCCCCCUCAAGCCCUCGGCGGGUUCAAUUACGUGUCCGCCCCGGCUUCUGCCGACCCCGUCGUGCGCUAUACCAUUGAACGUGCCAUGGCCGACAUCCGCGCAGCGGAUAAGAAAACAAGACAAAUGCUCUUGAUUGAGGCCGCCGCCAGGGAAUUGGCCUUCCGAGUCGUUUCGUACGAGGAAGCUGCCCAAGAAGAGCAACAGCAACAGCAACAGCACGCCCAUGAUCAGCCACCCCCAGAUGGUAUGAUGAACGAUGAGAAUGUUCCCUAGAAUGGGCAUUCCCGGAGUUCGAGCCGGCAAGCUGCUCAGAACAAGGGUUAUGACCAGCAAUUUUCUGAACCUACCACGAAGGAGAAUACGCCGUAGGGCGGGUCUUCCCAGUACUCGAGGGACCAAAGUAUUCAGGUCGAUGGACAUGAUCAGUCUUCCCGGAAAUUCCUUUGGAAAGCGGCUUCAAUCAAAUUUUCGCAGCCCUUGUUCGGGCAAAUGGUCCUGAAUGAUGGACAAAACGAUGUUCAGCGGCGGACUUGGACAUGGAUGGAGGACCCUAUGAUCACAGAGCUGAAACAUGGCUCCCGUUGAAGAAUGGCGGAUGACGCCUUCACCAUUGCUCGAGGAAAGGAAUUCUGCAUGGGGCUGCAAGGGACGGUCGAGUUUACAUGUAUAUUUGGUCGCGAUUAAGGAGUUUAAGUGAAUUGCUCGCCAAGCUAGCUAUUAGCAUGUUCGCUGUUCACGAACAAUACCAUGCAAUGUAUUUCAUUCAAC